AUGUCCAAGUAUGCCGAAAAUGUGAUGCUGAUUAUGCGCGUGAUGCGACAUGCACAGGCUGCGGUGAAGUCGCGCUUUGUGCAGCAGAUUGUACCGAAGAAACUCACGAUUGUGCAGUUUAACGCUUUACUGCACCUUCAUUGGUAUGGUGGCGAAUCCGGUAUGACCAUCAGCGAACUGGGAGAACAUCUCGGGCUCGCUCACAGCACCGUCUCUGGUCUCGUAGACCGCCUAGAGCGCGAUGGGUGGACUAUUCGUCGUAAAUGCGAUACAGAUCGUCGGCAGAAUCGUAUACAGUUGACAGAAAAAUCACAGCAGCUUUUUCAGGACAGGUCAGAGAGCGCGACUGAUUUCUGGCAUCAGACAAUUGGACAGUUGACUUCUGAAGAACAGGAGUACCUGAUCCAAAGUUUGACGCGCUUGAAACAGGUGAUGGAAAAGCCUGUUUGGCCAAGCUAUGAUCAGCUUCACCCUCGCGAUCCUGGGCAUGUGAAAAAACGUCUGGAAGCCGAGUUGGACGAAUUGGCACAUGCAAAGUUGACUUCAAUUGGUACGCGGUUUAUCUUAGCACAGAUGGCGGAACAGCAAAAUCAACAUGAACUCGCGGCCUACCUAAAGCAGGUGGCGUCGGAAGAGAUUCGCCACGCCAAUCGAAUCUUGGACUGCUUGGACAUGAACAAAGCCUCAAGGCAGCGCUGUCUGAUUUGA